AUGUGCUCGAGUAACAUCGACCACCACAAAAACACGAACACCACCACCACCACCAACAAACAAGACAAACAACAAGACAAACAACAAAACGAAAACAAAACAAAACGAAAACAAACAACACAUCAAAACCAAAACAAACAGCUAAACAAAUGCCACUCCGACCCAACACCCCAGCCACCCUCAUCAUCCUCGCUGGCGCACCUCGGAACACAGCUGGCCUGCUCAGCCCCACACCCCGGAUACGUACUCCAGCUCAGCAGCCUGCCCAUCACCCUCCCCCCACAGAUCGACCCAAGCACACUCAACACGACCAUCGCCACCCUCACCUAUGCACUCAUCCUCCACCCCAUCGCCGCCGGCCUCGCACUCCUCUCGGCCAUCUUCGGCCUCGUCUCACACAUCCGCGAACUCAACGCCAUCGCCAACCCAAGCUUCUCCGUAAAAGCCGAGCUCGGACACGCCGUCUGGAUCACCCUGGAGUACAUCGACCAGAUGCGCAUCGAUGCCCACCAGGCAGAAAAAGCCCGCGAAAAGGAACAGGCCUCCCUCAGGAACCAGGCCAGCCUGCCCGCCUUCGCCGAAUACCCAGAGCACAUCCCCCUCAACCGCUUCAACCCCAACGAGGACGAGCAGACCACCGCCCCCUACAACAGCUCGUCCGACCCCAGUGCUUACCCCCACAACAGAUACAUCCCUCCCCUGCCACCCAUGCCCAACCAGCACCUCCCAGGGGGGGACAUCUACAGCAACCUGCCCCCGCACGUCUCGCCCGCCUCCAACACGAUGAACCCGCCCCACCGGACGCCCUCCAGCCUCACCAACCGCCGUCUGCCCCAGUCGCUCAUCCCCGCCGGAGGCAUGGCCCACACCAACGCCAGCAACACCCCCCCAGGCUCGUACUCGUCCAACGCCAUCCAUCCACCCAACUCCUACCCCUCCACGCCGCCCUCCUCCUCAAGCACCCUGGCGGCUAAGCCCAGCCUGCCUGCUUAUUACCCAGCAGGCCCCCAACCCUCCCACCAAGCCAGCUUGGACUCCACCCAUCGCCCGCGCCCCCUCCCCUCCCCCGGACCUCAGCCCAUCCACCAAGCAUCCAUCGACUCCGCCCACCGCGCUUUCCCGCAUCAGCCGUACCAAACUCAACCCUUAUACCCAGCACAGAACACGCUCUCGGAGGAGCCUGACCAGCUGCCCGAUCCCAAUCCGCAAUACCCUUUCGGCCAGAACAUCAACCUGUCCGAUCAAUACCCUUCCAGCCAGAACAUGCACCUGAGUCCGUCUGGCCACCAGCUCGACACCAACCGCAGCACGGUGUACUCCCAAGCGACCUCCGUCCCCUUCGUCCCCCAGCCCCGGGACGCCCAAGACCCGGGCACGCGCUUCGCCGGAUACCCGGCCGACGGCCGCAGCACCGUGUAUUCCCAAGCCACCACUGCCGCCCCCUUGGGCGCCCCCGAGCAGCCCCAGCCGUAUGGCCACCACCCCCAUGUGUCCGCCAGCGCGCCGGGCCAGGAGCCCGACGAGCACGACAUGUACGGCGGCACCGAGGCCCUCAGCUAUCGGCCCGAGAUCGGCAACCCCCAUAGUUUUCGUAGCCCACACGUGUCUCCGGCGUUUCUUUCGCACGCCCAGUCCGGCUGCGUUGUAGUGACGCAUGCAGGCGAGUGGACGGGAGACGGGAAGCCUCGGGGCCGACUCGCUGGCUCUGCCGCCGCCUCGAGCAUCGGCGUGGGCUUUGCGCCUCGCCCUGCCGUCUGUCAGGAUGGCCCCAUCUCGCAGUCGCAUUGA